AGCUCAGUGCCUGGCCAUGACCGUCACCUACUCGAGCCAAGUGGCUAAUGCCCGUUUAGGUUCCUUCUCCCGCCUGCUUCUGUGCUGGCGAGGCAGCAUCUACAAGCUGCUCUACGGCGAGUUCCUCAUUUUCCUCAUCUGCUACUACAUCAUCCGCUUCAUUUACAGGAUGGCCCUCACGGACGAUCAGCAGGUGAUUUUUGAGAAGCUGACUCUAUAUUGCGACAGCUACAUCCAGCUCAUCCCCAUUUCCUUCGUGCUGGGAUUCUACGUGACACUGGUCGUGACCCGCUGGUGGAACCAAUACGAGAACCUGCCAUGGCCCGACCGCCUCAUGAACCUGGUGUCGUGCUUCGUCGAGGGCAAGGACGAGCAGGGCCGGCUGCUGCGGCGCACGCUCAUGCGCUACGCCAACCUGGGCAACGUGCUCAUCCUGCGUAGCGUCAGUGCUGCGGUCUACAAACGCUUUCCCAGUCCCCAACACCUGGUGAAAGCAGGCUUUAUGACCCCCUCGGAACACAAGCACUUACAAAAACUGAGCUUGCCACACAACUCAUUCUGGAUGCCCUGGGUGUGGUUUGCCAACCUGUCAACGAAGGCCUGGAUUGGAGGUCGAAUCCGGGACCCUGUCCUGCUCCAGAGUCUGCUCAACGAAAUGAACACCUUGCGUACUCAGUGUGGACAGCUGUAUGCCUACGACUGGAUCAGUAUCCCACUGGUGUACACUCAGGUGGUGACCGUGGCGGUGUACAGCUUCUUCCUGGCUUGCCUGGUGGGACGGCAGUUUCUGAACCCAGCCAAGGCCUACCCCGGCCACGAGAUGGACCUCGUUGUGCCCCUCUUCACAUUCCUGCAGUUCUUCUUCUAUGCUGGCUGGCUGAAGGUGGCAGAGCAGCUCAUCAACCCGUUCGGAGAGGAUGAUGAUGACUUUGAGACCAACUGGAUUGUCGACAGGAGUUUGCAGGUGUCCCUGUUGGCUGUAGAUGAGAUGCACCAGGACCUGCCACCGAUGGAGCGAGAUAUGUACUGGAAUGAGCCAGAACCACAUCCCCCCUACACAGCCGCUUCUGCCCAGUCUCGUCGGCCCUCCUUUUUCGGCUCCACCUUCAACAUCAGUCUGGAUAAGGAGGAUUUGGAGUUCCAGCCAGAUCCGGAGGAGGAAAGUGCUCACACUGGCAUCGCUGGCCGCUUCCGAGGGCUGCAAUCCCACGACCGCCAGCCCCCCAGGACAAACUCAAAGACCAAACUACUGUGGCCGAAGACAGAAGUCCUUUCCCACGAGGGCCAGCCCAAGAACCUCGGGGGAGACGGCCAGGACACCAGUGAUCAGGAAGACGUCAAGGCCUGGAAAGGGGAGGAUGCCUUCAAGUCCGCCGUGCUAUACGGGAGGUCAGGCUACCACAGUGCCCCCCAGACACCCCUCAGCCACACCCCUAUGGUCUUCCCACCUGGACAGUCAGCACCCUCAAGUCUUCGCAAAGUCUCAGGCAUGGAUGACACCGUCAAAGACCAAAGCCUUCAGCCUCCAACUCCCAGGUCCAAGAAGAGCUUUGAAUUGCUCCCAGAGAGUGCUGGGGCCUCAACGGAGCACCCGGAAGUGAGUCACAUGAGGAGGAAAACUGUUGAGUUUAACCUAACAGACAUGUCAGAGGCCCCUGAACAUCUCAGAGAACCACAUUUGGGACAGUCGACAAGCAACAUACACACUAUACUCAAAGAUCGUGGCGAUCCCUAUUGGGCCUUGGAAAACAACAGGUCUGUCUUCUACCCACACCAGGGUCACUGAACCCCCCAGCCCACCAGGGGUGGUCCCCACCAGCUUCCCCUGCUCUGAAGCCCACCCUACUCCCAGUUUUCCUAUGGUUCUAUGGCUGCCAGGCCAUGCCCAGCACUGGCUUGGGGCACACACCUGGCCGCCACAGCAGGGGCUCUAGGGAAGUGUUGGCGACUUUCGCUUAUUUCACCCAAGAGCCUGACUCACCAAGACUUCUCUGGGGCCCAGGGAUAGGAAGACGAGGUUUGCACCGACAAGAGUAACGCCAAAGGGCCACUAGGCCAGGCUUACAUGGGCUGACGAUACCAGUGGGCCCAGCUCACCUUAAGCAGGGGUGGCAGACACAGAAACACAGGCAGAACUCGGGGCUCUAGACUGUAGCCCAAGAACUCGACUUACUGGCCAGGCUUAGCUGGGAGGUCGCAUGAGCCCUCCCCCAUAACCAGUGGUGGCUCUGAAGCCCUCCUGGGAAGGGUGCCACACUCCUGGGAACUGGCAGAUGAGGUGGGGACAAUCCAGGUCCCUUGGGGCAUCUUACUGCUUUGGGGACCUCACCAAGACUUCUGAACUUAAAUGAGCUCUUCAUGCAUUUUUGAGGUCAACCUAAAGUUGUCACGGUACCACCAGAUGUUUGCCUUUAUUCCAGAUUCCCCAGAUGUUCACUCACCCAAUUAGACCCAGCCCCCCACCCCAGCCCCCCAUCACGAUGUGAAAGGGAAGUGUAACUUCUCAUUUCUUAUUAUUCUCAAGCAGUUAUUCUGAGGUCAGAAUACCUAGCUUUGUAUUGAAAACUGAAAAGGCUGAAAAGGCCUACCACCUGUCAUACUUCUCAGGGCUAGCUGGAAACUUACAAAUCACUGUGGCUGGUUUAGGAAACAAUGUUAAUGUAGUUGGUUAGCAAGGACCCAGAUGGCUCCCCAGUCUUCUAACACUACUCACUGGUUAAUAUUCAAGAUGUCUCAACCUCUUCCCUCCUACUGCAGCUAUUUUCCUAUUGAAAUGAAGGUCUUUCCAUACUCAUGUAAACUUUCCUCAAAUUCUCACUAGGGAUGAAGCACGUUCCUAGCCUGCUUCCCAAGGGGGAUGCUUCACCGGCCUGGUCCUACCUGCGUGUACACCAGCAGGACACUGAUCCAGUCAUAGCCAUAUAGCUGUCCACACUGAAGAACAUAUCCCUACGACAGCCUGAAUUAAAUGGUUACCUUAAUGAAGAACAAGAAUCAGUAGCUUCAAGUCUACUUUAAGCCUCAAAAUGCUUUCCGUACAUAUAAAUUGUGAAAGCCAGAACUGCUGGAAACGUAUAAAACACCUAAUUCAGAAUCAGGAAUCCUUAAGUCCUGUCUGAAUUCAAAACACCCAAGCCUUGGUAUCUUUCGCAAACUAAGGAAUUUCGUACGUAAAUACAGAUCCUCCUAAGCGGUUCACUUUGGUGAGUGUGACUGAGCCAUGGUGGCACUUACAAGUUUAAUAAAGAUGGCCUGGAUACACUCCUAGCCCACCCCGAGAAUUCAAAGACAACAGCUGGGUACCAAAUUACUUUAUUUGAAGGAAUAGUACUAAGGAAAGGACUUGUAGAUAUUUUGGUACAACUUACAGAAAA